GUGCUCAGAAUAGAUUCGACCAACGAACGGCAUAAUACGGACUUCGCGGCGUGAAAAAUCGCGAAAUAUCUCAUACAAUACAGCGCAGAAAGGAGAUUCUGUGGUGGGGCGGGUGAUUGUAUGCAUAACAAAAGUGCAAGUAAUAAUUUGUUGUACCAUUAUUAUGCAAAUCCUUACGUGUAAUAUCUAGCAAUUGCAAGAAGAUACAUAUUCAUAAAUUGUUCAUUUUGUGUAUAUUCUGCGUUGAAAUAUAAAGUAAAAUAUGUGUAUUCAAUGUGGCAACAAUUCCGAUUUAACAUUCUGAAAGUGGCGAAACGAACGCCUAGUGAAAGUAAUGGGCCUUAAGAUAUACACAUGAUGUGCCCCACUCGCAGACAUACACACACACACACACACACACACACACACACGCGCACACACAUAUGCGGCCAUACCCAAUUCCGGACGGCUCUGCGUGCACCUAGGGGGCCCAAUUUCCCCCAAAAAUUUGGAAGUAUUAAUUGCGUGUAACCUAAAAAUGAAAUAAUGGCAGUGUGCUUACUUUGGCAACAGGAGAUGGGGGCGUGUACUACGGACUAAAAAGAAAGGGGCAAGGGGAAGAGGUGGAAAGGAGAAGAGCAGCAGACCAAACAAAAGAGUGUCAGCAAUUUAUAAAUAGUUUACGCCAUUGUUUCUAUUUAUUGUGAUAUUGUGUGAUUUAGCUCGAGGCUUGUCGAUUGCUGGAUUAUUAAAUCUUUGUAUACCAAUUUGUGGCACCAAGUGCAUCCAUCAUUCGCCAAUUGUGUUGCUCCGUUUGGUUCCGUUUAUUGACCACACACGCGUAAAUAUUUUCCGAAUAUUUCCAAAACUUUUGCACAUGUGGCGAAACGUGCUAAAAUUUCGUUUUUCAAAUUUAUUGUUUAUUUCAUGUAUUUUAAGCGUUACACUUUAAGGCAUUUUAAAUUACCCUAUAUGCGAUAUACACACACAACAUACAAGUCUGCCAAUUGAUGUGUGUGUGUGUGUGUGUGUGUGUGCAUGGCGGACGUUCCACAUUUGUCUUCCUCUUUUAUAAACAAAUUUUUGAUUUCGAUAAUUCGUGGGAUAUUCUUGGCUUGCGUGUAUUUCUAGUGGCGUAUCUCGCCGAGUAAACAAACAAAAGCCAAUUGAGCAUUUCAAUACGCGUAUAGACACACACAUACACACACAUGCACAAAUAUAUAUACAUACAUACAUAGAUAUUUAUGCAAAUAGAAGUGGUCGUGCGCUGGACUCACAACUUGCCAUGGAUAAGGCGCCACCGCCAAAACCGCGUCGUACGCGACAUAGAAUCAGUGCUAUGCACUAUGAAUCCCUACCGACGGCCCCGCCUGCCAUGUGCGGACGUGCCGAUGAGAACAUUUUUCAAUUUCCCGCUGUGGCGUCGCGUGCACGCAAUCUCUCAGCCUCGCCCAAGUUGCGCGAGGAGAAGGAUUUGCCGGUGUGCGAGCAUGGGAAGCAUAGCUGUUAUUUCUGCCAGCCGUACCGGGCAGAUCGUGGCACAAUUGAGCCGCUCAAGAAUCGUCUUAACACUGCCAUUGAGGCCAUGGAUCAGCUCACUCGCACCUACGCAUUGCUUGAGGGCCUGCUGGAGCAAAAACUGGCCACCAUCACGGACAAUGAGGAGGAGCCAGCGGCCGAGAUUGAAUUAGAAGCGGCAGCUACGCCAAAAGGAACGCCAGCACCAGCGACAACAAGUCCCACCGGCGACAACGAGUUCGAGCUGGAGCACUCGCUGACCUGGUUGGAAUCACUGCUAGGCACUGAGGUGGUGCCACCCACUAAGCAGGGCAAGUUCAAACGAAUACGCGAGCGCAGCAAAUCCAUGAUGGAGGAUGAGAUACAUAUGUAUUUGAAGGGCGAACGCCAGCUAAAGAUGAGUUCAUCGCGUCCAUAUUUGUUGCGCCGCCAGUCCACCUACAGCGACAACAAGUCGAAGGUGUCCAAGUGGACCAAGGUAAAAGCUGCCUUUAAAUGGGAGCGAGCCAAUGUGCCGCCCACAAGUGGCCAGGAAUCAAACUUAUUGCUGCCACUGAAUCUAGAAGUUGAAAGAUAUUUAAAGGUGCCCAUUAGUACUGCUGGCGGCAGCAGCUCUGCGGACAGCAUCAUUAGCUCCUCGUCGGGCCACUUUAUGAGCGAAACGGGCGGCACGCCCGGCACCAUCAGUUCGGCCAGCUCCAUGGAUGAGCUACACACGGAUGCUGGCAGUCGCCAGGCUAUGCGUCGCCACUCAUCGAAGAGCGACACGAAUGCCUCCAACUAUGAGGUGGAGCUGCGCAAGUCCGCCACCGAUGAGCGCUUAGAUACGGCCAAAUCAGCGCUGCCUAGCAAAUCUUCUUCGAAUAAAUCCUUACGUCGCUCGAAAGCCUUCUCCGACUUUGAGGUGCUGCCAGAAGAUCAUGUGGCGGACAUUAAGUCAACGAGCACUAGACGCAACAAGCUGCCGCCCAGUCCACUAAAUCUCAACCAGGUGUGCAGCGAUCUGCCACAGCUGCACUCACCGCUCAAGAGUCCCAAGGAUGGCAGUCAAGCCAUGUCGCGUAUGCGUCAGGUUAGCUCUCCGGGCAACUCCUCUGUGCCGAGCAGUCCGUCUAGGCAUUCGGAUUUCUUUGGUGAAUUCGAGAGCGAGGAACUAUCCAGUGGCGUUUCUUCCGAGCCCACUACGCCAAACUGUAAGACUUUCACACAGAAAGAAGAUGAAGUAUUUCAACAUUAUCAACUUCUACUACUCAAACUAGAUACGGAGUUCAAGCGAAAGCAACUCGAUUUCGAACGACCCAGCGCGAGUAAUCGCAGCGUUAAGCUGUGCAGCGGCGGUGGCAGUGGCAGCGGCAAACGCAGCAGCGAGGAGCAUUCACCUACACAGCUAUUGCACAGCGAUCUUAUGUCCACCGAGCAGCUAGAGCAGAAUCUGACGCCACAGUUCAAGAAGAAGCUGCACAAGUGGCGCGCCAAGCAGCAGAACUCCAACUGUUAUGCCAGCUCGGAGCCAGCGGCCAGUCCCACAGCCAAGAGUCUAAGUGGCGGCGAUUUGAAGCCUAAAAUCGAUUGGAAUCUUUGGAGCUCGGGCGCACUGAAGCUUGAAGGACAGGGCUUGUGUGCGCUGCCAGACCAAAAGGAUUUGCCCGAAAAGUUUCAAAAGAAGCUGGGUGAGUUGUCUCCAGUUGUGUGCAUAGAUCUUUACUUCUACACAUUGUAUUCACCAGAGCAAUGGAAUCGCUUAAAAUGUGCGCCGGGCGGCGGCACCAACUCCGACAAUGAUUCCCUCAAGCGUAACUCCAAGCACAGCCAGUCCACGCGCCGCGGCUCUGAUGAUGAUCGCUGGUACAAGCAUAAGCCGCACGACAAUGAAAAAUUGGCGCGCCUUAAGGCCAUUGUGGCACCAGAUCAUACGUCCAAGAAUAUUGAGGUUAAGACCUCAGAUGGCGAGGUGAUGAAAUUCGAGGGCAUCUCACGCAAAUUCACACGCAAACUUUACGAAUGGGAGAAGGCCAGAGGCAUCGGACCAGAGGCUUCCACCUUUGCUCUCCUGCAUCCUGGCUACUGUCCCAUAGAUGUGCGACGCAUCAACAAGGAGUGCAAUAAGCCCACCACCGAGCACUCGCCGACAUUGAGCCGCUCAUUGUCGCUGGAUAGUGUGGCUCCGAGCGUCAAUCAGGCACAGGUCAUAUCGCAGCAGGCCUCGUCGCUGUCCCUGAACGAUGUCAACGACUUGAAGGAGAUGGACGACUGUAGAGAUUCGGGCGAGCACGAGUUCAAGAAGUACGACGAACCCGAGGCAGUUAUGGUCGAAGUAGAGGAGCACAUACAUGACACGGCCUCCCCGCUGGUCACUGCUCACACGUUGGUCGAGCAGCAAACGCCCAUUUACAAAUACGAGGAGGUGCAAUGCAAUGACUAUGUCAACUCGCGUCGCGUCCAGAGCUUUGAGUCGCACACAAACUUAGCCCCGCUGCUGGGCGCACUGAAACGUGCCGACGAGCUGUUUGCCCAGCUGAAACAGUCCACGCCAGACAUUGUGGAGCAGGCGGCAAUGCGGGACUGUCAAACUGCAUUGCUUAGCAUACGCAGCAUUUAUCCAUACUACUCCAACAAUUUGAUGAAGCCGAACGUGCUGAACGCCGUGUCCGAUGUGCAGAGUGAUUUGGGCCGUUUGGCUGAGCUGAGUCUAAAGUCACCGUUGGACGAGGCUUGUUGUCAGGAAACAAUGGAGGAGCGCACUAAUGAGUACAUGGAGGAGCUGCAGGGCCUACACGAAUCACUAUUGUGCCUCAAGUUGAGCAUACAGGGCGGCACGAAUCGUUUCCCUCGCGACAUUGUGCCUGACAUCAACAUAACUGGCGAGGAUGGACAGCAGCUGGAGAGCAGCUCCGCUUAUGCCACCUGCGAUGCUUCUAGUCGCGAUCGUCUGUCGCUGGAGGAGCACAGCGCUGCCUCACCUUCACCCAUGGAGCACGAGACAGAGACCAGUACCACAACGGGUACCCUGUGCCGAGCUAGUAGCUCCAUUACUGCAUCCAAGAAGAAGCUUCGUCUACGCAAGUUGGGCUCACGUCAGAACAGCAGAACGGAGAGCGACAGCAGUGAUGCGGAUACUCACAGUGUGCUGGAGACACCUCGUCGCAUGCGCCGCAAGAACUUUCGGCUGAAACAGCGUUCCUUGGAUGAUGAUUUUCGCUUGGGCUCCAUGCUAGUCACUGGCCAUACGCAGCCAGCAGAGGCGGAUGAUAUCAUUUGCAGUUCACUUAAGGUCAAGCCCGGCGAACGGAUUGAGGAGUCACACAGCAUAGCCAGCAGCAUUGCCCAGUCGUUGGCCAAGCCGAGUGGGUUUGUGCCACCGCCACUGCCGGAGCUGCAUGCGCGCAGCUACAACACCAAUGCCAAUGUUUUUAUAAAGACCAAGCGCAAGCUGUUCACCACAGUGCUGGAGCCCACGGCAGCUGAGGGCGUAGCGCUCAUCGAAAAGGAGCUAGAGAGUCCCACGCAUAGCGUUGAUGAAGCACUGUCGCCCAACUCCAAGUUGGCGACAAAGUUGACAGCUCCGCGUCCGCUCAGUCUCUACAGAUCCAUCAGCUUGGAGCGCUUGUCGCCGCUGCGACCCAAAGAUGAAUUGCGCAAAUGCCAGAGCAGCGAGAAUAUGCAUCGUUCAUCUAAUAUGGUGCGUCCGCCGCUCGCUAGCGAUAGCAUUCAGCGUUUGGCACGUUCCAAGCGCCAGCUGGCUACGUCUGCAUUUCCUCAAGUGCCGCCGCGCAAGGCGCAUCUUUACAAGAAGAACUCGCUGCACAAGUCGCAAAGCGCCACCGUCAGCAACAACAUUGAGCACAAGAUCGCCAAGACCAGCUCUGGCUCCACUGUGAGCAGAGCCUGCCCAGUGUCGGUGUCCAUAGUGCUGCCCAACAAGCUGGACAAUACGCUGCCUCGCAUACAGCGCAAGCUCGAGGGCAAGGGCAAGGCCCUGCUGACGCCUACAAAGCCAAAACAUUUUGAAUUUCCGCCACCUGUUGUGGAACCGCAACGUCCAGUAACGCCGUUGUCGGAGCGAGCCCUGCGCCUGCAACAGGCCAAGGCACAGUUUCUGCAAAGUGCGCCCGUAACGCCCAGGCAGGAGCCGACGACGCCCGUUGCCCUAAACGAUGCGGCUCUGCUACACAAGAGCGUCAGCGUGGGCAGCAUGCGAGGCAGUGCAGGUUGUUCCACAGAACAGUUACACCAACAACAGCUGCAGCAACAGGAAGUGACCACGGAUCAGGAGAGCGUAAGCAACUCCAGCGCCUAUGAUAGUUUGCCUCGUUCUGUUAGCCGAUCAGCUCGAAUCUCCAGCAAGCUCGGCUUUGCCACAUUAGCUUCCAAGCUGCGUCGUGGCGGCAAAAAGCCCAAGGAUACACCUGGCCCCAUGCCGUGUGGCAGUGCUCUGUCCGCACUCUGCCGCCAAACACUGAUGGCCGAUGUGAUUGCAUUGCCACAGGUCCUUGGAAGCGACCGACCCCCGCCCAGUCCCAGUGCUUCCACUUCUUCGCCCGCACGCAAUGUGCACAAGUCACAAAGCUCACCACAGGCGGCCCUGGCUGCGGGAUCUAUAUCGAAUUUGCAUGGCAGCUACGAGGGCAUCAACAAAUCCCUCAGCGAGCAGUUUGUGCGCCAGCUAAAAGAGAGCGACGUCUAGUCAGUCAUUAACGAGUACCUCUAAGUUUAGAUCUAAGCAUAGCAGUGGGUGUCCUCCCAUUGGCUACUAAAGUACUUACCAAAUAUAACCAUAAUCAAAUACCUUAAGUUAUUGUCUGAGUAUCGAAUGAAUUCUUGCAAAUGACUAACUAAAGAAAAGUUGACGAAAAAAUCCUAAAUGAAUGAACCAUAUUUAGCUUCUUCUUAGCAAAAAUAGCUGACGUACUGAUUCAGUUCAAAUCAGUUGACGAACCCAUGUUCCGUGCGGGUUUAUAAUUCAUAUAUAAAUCACUGUAUUAAUAGCCAAGGCGAUAAUGCCAUUUCCGACUGUUGUGUUUAUAUAAAGCCGGUCUGCUAAGUAGCUCGAAGGCUAUUGUUACACAGCAUUACAGACAAAACAUAUAUCAUAUGAAUGUUAAGAGUGUCGAAAUAAAUUUUUUGCAUAAAAAUCA